AUGUUCAGACCAACUUUGAGGGCGUGCUCAGCCUACUCCAAGAGAAACAAUAAGGUGCGGGUGCAGAUAUUGCAGAAUUUUGAGCGGUUCCAGCUGUAUAGAGGAGAAGUGGUCAAUGUCAGUCCCUCUCUGAUGAGAAACUACUUGCACCGUAACAAUGGCGCGCGGUACAUCCUGUGGGAGAAAGAUAUCGACCAGGGACUCGUGCAGGAGGCGGCGGCCACGCGGCAGAGGAUGCUGAGUCAGAGGGCCGCAGCAGAGGCGAGCGAGCCAGACGCGGAGCCCGUCACGAUUCAGAAGACAGCGGAGACCGGGUCUCCCGCUGCCGAGCCGACGGAGAAGGAGGCGCCCGCCGAGGCACCGGCCAAGCGGUCGGGCCUGUCGCCGCGGCCGACCGUGGCGGAUGUGAAGAUACCGGGUCUGGAGCUGUGA